AGUCUGGUGUUUGCGACGGUUAAUGGGCGAGUGAGGGAGGGAAGUCGGCGGGGAGCCCACCGGGGGAAUAGUCCGUGGGGGAAACGCCCGAGGAGGCCAAUCCUGCCGCUGGGAGAGCGCCCACCCCGUUACAGUCUGGUCUGGUCAGUGGGCAGCCCUCGUCGCAUUCCUAUCCGGUCGGUGGGGGAGUUACAGCCGGGCUGUCCGCGCCCCUCCGUCGGGUUCCCUGGCCAUGGAGGAUGCAGAGAGACGCAGGAAGUUGGAGGCGGCGAGAGCCAAGUUUGCUCACUACCAGCAAAGAAAAGCGAAAGGUGACUGCUUGGAUUCGGCGAAAAAGAAGAAGAGGAAGGGCCAGGCUGUCCACCAGGAUGACCUUCUGCAGGAAGAGCAGUCGUUAGUUGAACAAGAGGGUGUAAUCUUGGAACAUAAGGCAAAUGAUGGACUGUUGAACAAAACAAUAACAGAGGAAAGCAGAGCUGAGGAGGUCAAUGUGAGUAAUAAUACUGAAAAUAGCCAAACAGAACUAGAGAUCUGCCAGCUGAAAGUAAUUGAGCUUGAGGAACAAUUGCACCAGAAAGAAGUGACUUUGGAGCAACUUGUCACUGAGAUGGAAGAACUACAGAAACAACAGGGUACCCAUCAAGUGUGCGAGCAGAUGCAACAGGAGCUGGAGACAGCAGUACAGGAACGGAAUGACCUAAUUAGCCAGUUGACUGAUAACCUGCAGCAAGCCAUUCAGAACAGAGAUGAGGUACAGCAGGAAACAUUGGAGUUAACCAAUCAGAUUCAGUCUUUACAGCAGCAAUUACAGCAGGCAAGCGAUAUUCUGAAAAAUAAAAGUCCUGGACUUGUGGAGCUCUUUCAGGCUCAGCAACAGAUUACGCUUUUCCAGCAGAGCCUUAAAGAGCAAUGUGAUUGUAUGGAGACUCUUGAACAACGAGCAUAUGAUCUGGAGCUUCAACUGGAAUGUUCAGAGAAGAAUGCCAAAGACAAAGAGAACUGUCUUGUUCAGCAGCAGAAAAUUACUGAAAGUACUAUGCAACAAUUAAAUCAAUGGAUAGAAGAAAAAGAAGAAACCAUCAGAGAGUUAAGGGAAAAGCUGAACAAUAAAGAGAGCUGCAUAUCACAGCUGCAUGACUCACUGACUGUCUGGCAUCAAGAGGUUUCUGAAUUAAAUGUUGAAUCUGCCAAUAAACAGAGGCAACAGUGGUCGCCAGAAGAAAUUAGAGAGCAACUAGAAAAUGAUGAACACCUGCAAAACCAAUUUGGUCAAAAAGAUACUUUGUGGUAUGUAGAACAACUGAGGGUUGAUCUGGAGGCAAUGCAGAGAAGGGAAAUAUCUCAGUUAAAACGUGAGCUGUGUGAACAAACAAAGCAAGAAAUUGAUGAACUAAAUAUUAAGCAUAAAGCUGAGCUUGAUUUGUUACAGAGUCAAAUUCAGAGCUAUGGUGAUAGUGAUCAGAUAAAAAACUUAAACAAAUUGAUCACUGAACUUACUGAGAAACUACAAGGAUCUUGUCUGGAGAAAGAAGAGCUCCAACGAAAAUUAGAAAAUAUGAUGUCUUCCCCACAGAAGAAUGAAGUUUGUGAGUUAGACAAAUGUUUGAUGAAAGAUCUGGAAGAACAGAUUAAUAUGUACAAAUCUGAAAAAGAACAUUUGAAUGCUUGCUUGACUCAAGAAAGAGAAGUGAACAGAGGGCUGCGAAUCCAACAUGAACAUGAAAUCACAAACUAUAGUAUCAAAUUGGAAAUGAUGGAGAGGGAGAAGGACGAAGUGUUAAGUAGACUGGCUGAAUCUCAGGAAGUCGAGCUUGAGCAGCUUAAAACCAAAAUGCUGUUUAGUCAUGAAGCAGAAUUAACCAAACUUCGGGAAGAUCUGGAAACACAGUAUGCUGUAAAGGCAGAAGCACUCAGAAAGGAAAUAGAAGACCUGAAAGUGAGUUUACACAGCACAGAAUUGCAGAGAAAUGAUGUAUCUGAAAAUUUGGACCAAGAGAAGUUCAUUUUGAUAGAGAAAUGUACGGAAUUAACAAAAGAGCUGCAACAAAGAAGGUUGGAAUUGGAGAAGAUGCAUAUGGAAGCUAAACUGUCAGCCACUCAAACAAGGGAAGCCGAACAGAAAUGGAAAGCAGCGUUGGAGGAACUCUCAAGUCUUCGGUUAGAACUAGAAAAGGAAAGUACAGAACGAUUACAUUGUGAAGAACAAUUGAAGCACAUGGUUCAUGAGAGUGAAAGAUAUGAACUGGAGAGCCAGCCUUUGAUAACUGUAGAAGAUAAAGUGAGAAAAGAGAAAGAAAGUGACUUAGAAAUAUUCAAAGAGAUGGUGAAAGAUUUGAAGCAGGAGAAUCAGUUGUUGCUGGCUCAGCUAAGAGAACAAGAGCAGCUAGUCAAAGAAGUUCAAGAACAGAAACUCGCUGCAGAUUCAAUGACCAGUGAAGUACAAGCCCUGUUUGGUCGUCAGCUCACUGCAUUGCAGAGCCAACGGGAUCAACUGCAGGAUUAUCUUGAUGCUCAAAAAACCAAGAGCGAAACUAUAUCUGAACUCCUGGGGCAGAAAACCAUGCAGGAGGACUCGCUGUGCAGAGAGCUUGAGGAAACUGAGGCCAAAUUGAGGGAAAGUGAAGAACAUGUGAAGCAACUAACUGAUGAAAAAAUGAAGUUUGAAAGUAUGGUUCUGUCAAAUGCAACUGAUUUAUCAAGGAUUGAAGAAGUGCUUGCUAAAGUCAAAGCUGAAAAUGAUUGUUUAAAGAAGGACAAAGGGGAUUUGCUUGAGAAAUUUCAAGAUCUAGAACACAAAAUGCAUUCUAAGAUCCUAGCUGCAGACAAUGAUUUGAAAGGUAAAGUUACUGAACUGCAGAAGUUAAAGGCAGUCAUUGAGGAACAGGAGGCUCUACAUCUUCAGCAAACAUCUGCGCUGAAACUGGAGAUCAGCAAACAAAACAAAGCUCUACAUGAGGUAGAGCAAAGCCACAGUGAAAAGAUGCGUUCCCUCCUGCGGCAACAUGAAGAGAGAAUAAGCAGUGCUGUGGAGGAGGCUCGUAAGGAAGUGACUGUCCAGUAUGAAGAAGAAUUAAGUAAAAUGGAAGAGCUAUACCUAUCUGAUAUUACAAAUUUAAAAUCAGAACAUCAGAAAGAGUUAGAUGAAUUGAAUGCAGAAAUGAAGAAAAAAGUACUUGACUUGCAAGAAAAGCAGGAAGGUGAAAGGAGGAAGCAGAUUGGGUUGAUUAAACAGGUUCAUGAACGGGAACAUGAUCGUGAGAUGAAUACACUGAUUAAUAAGCACAAAGAAGAAAUGGAGCAGCAGCGAGCAAAACUGACUCGAGAACAACAGGCUCUUUUCGAUGACAUCCGGAUUCGUAUGGACACAGCUCAUGAAGCAGAGUUAUGCCAAGCUCGGCUUCAGAUGCAGACAGAGCACAGCCUGGAACUGGACUCUCUUCGUCUAAGCCUAAACAAUAUGCAUAGGGCCCAGCUUGAGCUGAUACAGUCUAACCUGCAGCGUGAGAAGGAGGAGUCUCUUUCAGAGUUACAGGAAGUGCUAAACGAUAAACGACGUCAAGAGGUGGCAGUGCUGCAGAACAGACAACAAUUGGAGUUGGAAUGCAUUAGGGAACAAAACCAGCAGCAAAUAGAACAAUCUUUGAAGAAGCACCAACAGGAAAUGGAGGAUUUACGGAAUGAUUUGGAAAGAGAAGCAACUCUUCUGAAGGCCAAAAUAGUGGCAGAAGAAUCAGAGAAACUGCAAUGCAUGGAAAGGGAGUGGGAGGAGGAGAUGAAGCAGCGCCUUGAGAACCAGAAGGAGACCAUGUUCACAGAGCAUCAAACUGAGCUGGAAGAAUGGAUCAGCAAGGUGGAGAAACUACAGAAUCAAGUUGAAGCUGUCCAGAAUGAAGAAGCAUUAUGCCAAAAGCGUGAGAAAAAAACUGAAGAUUUCCAUAUCUUUAUAGAUGAGUGUGAGAAUUUGGAGCGUGUUUGCCAGAUGAAUUUGGCAAAGUUUCAGGAACAAGUUCAAAAGGAUUAUGAGCAGAAACGGGAAGAGUUGAUAAGAGAGUUUGAUGAAAAAGAAAAGGACCAUCGUGCAGAGAUGGUGAAAUUGCAGGCGACCUACGAUGAAUUUAAAUUGCGUUCGGAGCAAGAGCUUGAACACCUGUGGUCUCAGCUUGAGAGUAUGAAGGCCAAUCGCGAAGAGCUAAGUGAGUUCAAGCAACAUUUGCUGGCCUGUACAUCCAGUGCAGAAGAUGUGGAACUUCUGAAGCGGGAGUUUGCUGAACAGAGGGAGCAAAUCCAGAAGCAGCAUGUUAGUGAGCUGGAGGAGUUAAAGAAUUACUUUGAUGCAAAACUGAAAGAGAUGAAAGAGAAAAAUGAUGAGGAAGUUGCACAGUUAGAACAGCGCCUGCAAGAAGACACAAGACUGCCUCUUGGCAUUGACUUCUCGAACCUAAGUCUAAACCAAACCACAGAUCCAAGUUUGUCUUUGUUGUCUUUUACGGACCUCACGGAGAAGAAUUACUUCCAGCAUAGGAUUCAAAUUGUAGAAGACUUGGCACAGAAGUUGGAAAAAUACAAGGAAGAAAUAAAAAUGCUUCAGCUGCAGCUGGAGGAGAAACACAAGCUGGAGGCGGCAGACUCUUUAAUGCAUCAAGAGAAGCUGGAAGCAAUUGAGAAAGAGCUGUUAGAACGACAUUUGGCAGAGACUGAAAGGCUGAAGAUAAACCACUGCCAAGAAUUAGAACAGUUGCAAGGUCGACUUUCUGAGGAACAUCUCAAAGAGAUUACCAGAUUGCGACUCCAGUGUGCACAGCAGACUGCUCGAGAGGUGGAGGUGCAGGUUAAUGAGCGGCUCUGUCAUUUAGAAGAGGAGAAGGCUCAAAAGUGUGCUAUGAUAGAUGCUGAAAGAGAGAAGAGUGCUUGCCUGAAAGAAGAGAUUGAAAAUUUGAAGAGAGAUCAUGCAGCGGCCCUGCAGCAGCUCACUGAACAGCAUGAGGAAAGGAUGCUGGAAAUGGUGCAGAAUAAAGCCCUGUUGCUGAAAGAAACAAGCCAAGAGCUUGAGGCCAGCAGAGAGGCACUGGCUAAGAUGCAGGAAUGUGCAGUGGAAAAAGAACAGGAGCUGAACAUUCUGAGGGAAGAGCUACAGGCCAGUGCCGAGAGGAGACUAUCUGCCUUGCGCGAUGAGCUGACCAAUGAGUUUGAGGAGGAAUGCCAAGCAAUGAAACAGGAAUUUGACCAGAAAGUGGCAGGAAUGAAUCAGAUUCAGGAGGAACAGAGUGCUACCAUUUCUAAACUCGAGACACAGCUGAAGGAAGAAAAGAACCAUUUGCUGCAGCUCCAAGAUAGUCUGACAAAUGAACAGUCACCAGAAAUAGUGGUGAUUCGACAGAAAAUCCAAGCGCAAUUUGACACUGAACUUGCAGUGGCCAAGUCUCUGAUGGCAGAAGAGCUUGAGAAACUCCAUGUUAGUGUACAGGAGCAAUCAUCUCAGAAACUCCUGGAGGUACAGAAUAGGUUCAUGGAAGAGCACAGGCAGAUGAUGGACAAGUUUAUGUCUGAACAAGAGGCUCUUCUCCAAGAGUUGAAGGUGAGACACACAGAAGAGUUAGAAACUCAAAAUCAGCAUCUGACAGAAAAGUACCUUAAUCAAAUAGAGGACUUGAAAGCUGAAAUGUUCACAAAGCAUCAAGCUGAAAUGGAAGCUUUGGAGAAUACAAAGUUGGCUGCUUUGGAUAGCUUAAGACUGAAGCAUGCGUCAGAGCUGGAAGAUGUUGCAAGUAAAUAUAAAUCUGAGAUUCAGCGUUUGAAAGAAGAUUUAAAAACCUGUCAGGAUGAGUUGGAGAGAUUUAACAGGGAAAGCGCUGACAAACAACUUGAAAUUAAUCAGUUGAAAACUGAACAUGAGGCUGAGCUGAUUAACACUCAGGAGAAGAUCCGAAAGGAACUGGCUACCAUUCAUGUGGAAAAAUUCAAAGCUAUGGCUGCAGAACUGGAGGGAAUUCAUAAGGCAGAUUUGGAGGCAGCUCUGAGCAAACAGAAAGGUUCACUGGAGCAGGAGCAUCAGAAGCGCCUGGAUGUGAUUCGGGAUGAGGUUCUUCUCCUUGAAGAGCAGCACAAGCAGGCUCUCGCUGAGCUUCAAGUACUUCAGCAUGCAGAGCUGGAGAAGCAGAAAGAGGAAUAUGUACGGAAGCUAGGUGAAGAGCUGGAGAAGAUUCAAGUGCAUCAUCAAAAAGAACAGGUUCGUGCAUGCAGCUCAGAAAUAAAUCUAGUGCAACAGGAGUUGCAGUCCAACUUUGAAAAAGAGAGAUCACAGCAACUACUGCAAUUCCAGAAAGAGUUUGAACUCCUCAAGAGGCAGUCUGAAUUCUUGCUUACUCAGCAAAUUAAGCAGCUGAAGGAUGAGUUUGAAGCUGAGAAGAGCAAUGCCCUCCAGGAAUUGAAGGAGGUCUUUUCUCAGGAACAAGACAAAGCAAAACAAUUGCACCAAGAGGAGAAAAAACAAUUGUCCACAAAGCUCCAACAGCAGGCAGAGCUAAACAAACAGCUGCAGAAAGAAAUACAGGACAAGGGCUCGGAGCUGGAUACUCUAUUGGAGCGUCGAGAUCGAGAAAAUGAAGAAGGAGGCAAUCUGGUUGCAAUGCUGCGCUCAGACCUUGAACGAGUAACAAAUGAACGGAGAAACCUGGAGAUUUCUCAUGAGCGAUUGUUGAGGCUGUUUUCGGAGGUGGUGAGAAUGACAUUUUCUUCAGAAGAUAUGAUCAGUAAGCAAAUUGAACAGUGCCUAAUUAGCGGGCAGCCUGGGAAUUCAGUGGAUGAACGAAAUAAUCAGAGUCUGGCAGGAGCCAGAGGCAGAGCUCCAUGGAUAAAAACAAAAGUCUUGCUGGAAAAUGACAAAGGUAAUCUGAACACCAGUCACGAAAGUACUGCGGACUCCAGCUUAUGGUCAGCAUUGACAGAUGAACAAUUGGAGCUUUCUCAGUGGCUGUCAGAAAGCAUGUUCGCCGGGCCUGAUGUUGGGCAUGAAAAUGAGGAGCUGAUACUCAGCACGUGUGGGCGUUUGCAUGCUGCUGUGGAAAAAUUGCUGGAGUUGGUCACCAUGUCCACAAGACAAUUGAUGCAAAAUUAUAGGAUCCAAGAACAUGAAGAAGGUUUCAUGCCUCAAAGCAUAGACACUGUGGAGCUAAUUGGCAAACAGCACCAAAAAUUGAUAGAACAUCUCAAUUGUGAAUCUGAGGCGAAGAAUGAACUGGUAUUGGAGCUCCACAAAGCUGAAGGUCUGAUUGACGGGUAUGUUGCCGAGAAAGCACUGCUAGAAGAAGCUUUGCAGAAGAAGGAAGAAUCAGAACAGCACUUGGCUGUACAGGUAGAACUCCUAGGCAAACAACUUGAUGAACUCAACCAAGAGAACAUUCAGCUGUGUGAGGAACGUGAUCUGCUACUGCGCCAGAAACAAGUCAUGGCUGGCAGUGAAGUAGAGCGUGGAUUACUGGAGGAGACGGAGCGUUUGACCAAGGAAAAGCUGGAUAUCCAGUGUCAGGCAGACAAGGAUCGCGCUGAUCUCCUAUCGAGGACAAAGAGGAUGGAGGUGGAGUUGGAGGAAGAGACCAGCCGUAAUAUUGAGCUGGCUGACAAAUGGCACCUGGAGGUUACCGACUUGCAGCAGCAGAUCCAGGCACUGGAAAAGCAGCUGAAGAAUUAUCGACAGUUCAUGGAUGAGCAAGCAGUCGAGCGUGAACACGAACGAGAUGAAUUCCAGCAGGAAAUAGAAAAUCUGGAAAUGCAGUUAAAACAAGGAUUAAAAUCGCAGGGAGUUGGUGAAUUUACCGUUUCUAAGAAUGAUUAUUUGAGCCUUCAGCUGGAAACCAUGGAGGCACAAAUUCGAUCAAAGACUGAUGACAAUAGUGUGCUUUUGCUGACUAAGGAACGUCUCGAGCAUGAAAUGCAGGAACAAAGUGAAGAAAUAACCAAAUUGGAAGCACAGAUCAAAGAGCUUGAGGAGGCAGCAUUAUCACAUGCUGAUUCAGAAAAGCGGAUUGUUCAACUUGAGCAAGAGAUCCAGAAAAUGAGGCGAAAAGAGGAAGAACUGUCACAGGACAAGGAAUCUCUGCAGCAACAGCAAUAUAGUAAUCUGAUGCAGAUCUCUGCUCUACAGUCAAAACUGGAUGAAGCUAGACAUAGAGUGCCUGCUGAAGGACUUCCUGAUCAGGCACUGAAAGAGCAGUUACAGAAUGAACGACAAGCUCUCCAGACGAAGGAAGAGAAGAUCCAAAUCCUUGAGGAGCAACUUGAUCAGUUCCAAGAGGAUUUAAUGAAUAAAAACGACGAGAUGCUCCAAUUAAAUAUGCAGCUGGAGAUACAAACAAAGCAGUCAGCAAUGGCAAUUAACCAGCUCCAGGAGGAGAAUAUCUGCUUAAAGGCAAAUAUAGCUAGCCUCCAAAUGCGUUUGGAUUCGGAAGCAGAUAAAGACAGAGUGCCAGGAUUACAGCUGCCUCAUGCUUUGCUGCGGGAGAAGAACCAGGAAAUCGAUGAGCUAAAGGAACAGAUCUUUAAACUACAGAAAGAAAUGGAAAAUGCUAUAGACAACAAGGCAGUUGAGGAGAAAAAUGGUGAAAUUGAAGAGCUGAAAAUUCAAAUUGAGCAACUCAGUGUUGACCAAGAAAGAUUACGUCAGACAAAAGAAGAGGAGAUUGAGCAUCUCAUUGAGGUUAUAGAGAAAUUACAACAAGAGCUGUCACUACUGGGUCCAAACCGCCAUGAAGUCAGUGAUUCUCAAGAAGACCUUGACAUUUUCAACUUGGAAGAAGAGUCUAGAUCAAAUGCAACAACCUCUAGAGGACUGAGUGACAAUCUACAGCAGGAGCUGGCAUUUAAAGCGGUAGAUAACAGAGGUGCUGGAGACUGCAAAGAAGAUUUUUAUGUGCAGUCAGCAGAGCUUCAGAAUCAGGUGGAGAAGAUGACAAAAGAUUCCUUGAUGCAGUUGUUGGAUGAAAAGGAGGUUCAGCUCCAACAGAAGGUAGAAGUACUACAGACCAGCCUUAAAAACCUGCAGGAGAUCAAUCAGCAGCAGCAGCAGGAGCUUGUGUCACUUCAUCUGCAACACAGUGGUCUUCAGGAGGACAACAGUUUAUUGAAGACACACAUCUCCCAAAGAGAUGCUGAUGUUUCUCUUCUCUCAUCACGAGUCCAAGAAUUAGAAGAUGCUCAGAAUGAAAGGGAGAAGCUCCUGCAAAUGAUUGAGAAACAAAGGCAGGAAGUAUUGGAAGAAAUGGGACUAUUACCACCAAAAAUAGUGGAGCUUGAACAGGAAUUGGCAGACAAGACUGUUCUGUUCCAAAAAUGUAAUGAUGAGUUACAGACCUUGCGCUCUGAGCUUGUGGAGCGUGAUUCUCUGCUUGAAACAUUGAAACAGAAGGGUGUGAAUCUCCAAGAAGAAAUUGGGCGAUUGCAGGAUGAAUUGGCCAAGCAGGAGGCCCAGAACAAAGCAUUAAAAGACCACUUAAGCCAACUUGAGAAAGAGCAGCAACCAGUUAGCAGAACCGCCACUACAGCAGAAACAAAGGUGAAAGAUGAUCUCCUGCAGGAGAAGCUGAGGCAGAUGGAAGCUGCCCUGCAGCAGAAAGAGAUGCUCAUCACCCAGCUCAGCACUGAACAUGCAAAACUUCAAGCAGAUCUUUCUGCAGUUAAGGAAGAGCUGAACUCCAGUGCAGAGAAAGUUGAGAAGUUGCUGGAGUCUGAACAGGUAAAAGACCACACGAUUGCAGACUUGGAAAUCCAUGCUCGGAACUUGAAAACUCAGGUGAAUCAGCUGCAGGAGGCCUUAUUACAACAGGUGAAGGAAUUGGCAAGUCGGGCCAAAGAAGUGGAAGACUUGAAUGAGAAAUGUCAGAAACAGGAACUUGAGUUGCAGAGGCAGUCUAUCUUGGAGAAUGAUAGGCCACAGAUCACCCCUUCGAUUUUCAAAGAAGCUUCUCAGAUUCUUGUUCAAGGUGGGCGUCAGCCAUUUGCCUACAGUCACACAGUCAAUGAGAGCUUGCUGAGUUCUCCAGAGCUGAUGAGAAAGCAAGAGGAAAGUCUUGAAUGGAUGAAUGGACUUCACACGUCCAGGAUCUCUGAGAUCAGUGGUGUUCACAGUGCAGAUGUGGAGCUGAUGCAGAGCAGAUCAUCUGGACUUGAGAAAAACACAGACAGAGGGAACCAGGACAUUCCCUCUGCUAAAGACAGAACACAUGGGCAUUCUCCAUCUCCAUCUGAUUAUACACAUUUGCUGUCUGAAUCUUCUGAUGCUGAGAAGGUACAACUAGAAUUGAGAUUGGCAACAAUGCAGGAAGAUAAGGCAUCAACAGUGUCAAUCCCUGAUUGGAUAAGUGAUAGUUGUGGCAGCUGUACAAGUUUGGAUCUAGGAGCAAAGCUAAAUCAGGAGCUUGAAACCACAGAACGUCUGGACAGUAGUUUCGUUGAGUAUCUACAGCAUCGUGGAAUUGCAUUGAUAGACACAGAAAGUCAUGCAAGAGAAGAUUCAUUGUCUGCUGAGGAAGUGCCUUCUGCACAGCUACAGGCAUUGCUGAAGCAAGUACAUGAGGAAGGUUGCCGUGUACUCUCACUAACAGAAAGGCCUUCUCACCUCCGUGGAUCUCAGCUUGCGUCUGUCUCCAGUAAAACAAUAGAGGAAUGGCAACAAGAGAAAGAGGGAUUACUUGAUACAAUCCAGCUGUUGAAAGACCUGCUUUCUAAGGCACUGAACAAGUUUGAUGAGGAUUCUGUAAGCAGAACUGAUUGGCGGAGGGAGUUACUUGUGGCUGUACAGGCUGUCCUCAAUCAAGAACAACAGUCUUUCUUGGCUGAGUUGCGUUCGUACAUGAAGAACCCAUCUACAGAAGAGAGCUCCUUGCCUGAGAAGCUUGAACGUAUGCUUAAAGAGCAGGAGAAGCAGCAACAAUCUGCCCUGGAAGACCUCUUAUCAGUGGACAGAAGCAGCUUGCUGUCAGAGGUGCAGGAUCUCCGUUCACAGCUGCAGAUGGCACACCUUCAACACCAGGAGAAGCUGCAGCAGCUGCAGAAUACAAUCACCUGUGCAGAGGAGCAAUCCAAGAAACAAGAGUGGCCACUACGCAGGCAAGUGGAAUUGCUUGAAUACAAGCUUCAGCAAGAACAAAUCAUAGCAAAUGAUCUGCGGAGUUCCCUCAGAGCAGAGCAGGACCGAUCGACUGACCUGCACCAACACUUGCAGAAUGAACAAACUGCAGUGUCAGAGAUGAAGUCAGAACUCUCUGAGGUCACAGUUGAAUUGGAGUCUGCAUUAAAAACACGACAUGAACUACAGCAAAACCUCCAGAAACUCAGGGGAGAAUUGCAUGCUAAAGAAAAUGAAGUAUUAACUGCAACAAAGGCGGUUGAUCAGGAACGGCAAAAAGUGCAGCAGUUACAGAAUAUGAUGGAGAAGGAACAGUUAAUUCACAAAGAGCACAAAGAGCAAGAACGGCAGGCUCAUCAGAAAAUGCAGAAGGCUCUGGAGGAACAACGUGCACACAACCACCAAUUGUCUGUCGCUUUUGAAGAAAAAAGGGUGGCGAAUAGCAACAGCCGCAAAGAAAUUGAAGCAAAGUUGUUGAACAAUGAAUCAUUGCUGUUGCAGGAGCGAAGGAAGCUGUUGGAGACUCAGGAACUACUGAAAAUGGAGAGGAAUCAUUUGAAAGAAUUGAGUGAUUCCUUAGAUCAUGAGCGUACUCGGUCAGAACAGCUGUAUCAGAUUGUGAAUACCCGUCGUGAUGAAACUGCUUCUCAGGAGCACGCCUUUAUAAAAGAAUUGCAGAGUCAGCUGGAAGAAGAAAGGAAAAGGACUGUUGAACUAGCAGCUAUGAUUGAAAAAACACAACAGCAAGCUAUUUCAGCAAAACACAACUUUGAAGAUGAAAUCCAACUAUCCCGGCAGGAAAAUCAAAAGGAGCGGGAAGUCAGCUCCAAGUUGAGAUCUAGGCUAGAGUCUGUCCAAACCCAAGUACAGGAGCUCAAUCGCCUGCUGGAGUCUGAAAGGCAACACAGCCUUCGGCUGCAGACUGAGCGUGAGAGGCUUCAGGCCAAUAUUCUCGCAGCCAAAGAGAAAGAGCGAAAUAAGGAUGAUCAAAGAGAUCGCGAGAGGAGACAGGAAAGGCAAGAGUUAGCCGACCACGAACACGAACAUGAAAUGUUGAAAGACAAAAUGCAUGAACUGGAACUAGAACACCAACAGGAUCAGCAACGGAUUCGAGAAUUGCAACAAAUCCUUGCUGACUUGGAGGAACAGGAGUGCAAGCUUGUAUCUCGUAAGCGGCAGCGAGGAGAGCCCGAAAAUAGCCCAGUGAAAUGCAGCGUGAAUACAUCUACCGGCAACACAAUAAAUGCACAACAGCUCCUCGAGAGCACAAGGCAGCAGUUCCUACAGUUGACUGUCCGACUGAAAGAGUUACUGCGCAGAUCGGAACAAAGGGGACAGGAUGGCCACAUAAAGACCGAAGAUAUAAGAGAUCUUUUACAGACUGUAAUUGAAUCAAACUCUGAAUCACAACAGUUCCUUUCAGGAAUACAGGAGAAGCCAGUGGACAAUGCAAAUUCUGUACUGAAUUUUGAAAGGCAAUGUUGGAUGAAGGAAAGAAACCAGCUGCAGAAUGCCUUGAAAGAAGCUGAAUCAGAACUGGCUAGAGUGAUGGCAGAGAUUGAAAAUAGACCUCUGCGACAUGACCUUGUUGACUCCUCCAAUUUGAAGAUGCAGCGACUUUACGGCAAGUACCUCCGGGCGGAAAGCUUUAGGAAGGCCUUGGUGUACCAGAAGAAGUACCUCUUGCUGCUUUUGGGAGGAUUCCAGGAAUGUGAACAGGCAACACUGUGUUUAAUUGCACGUAUGGGAGUGUACCCUUCUCCUACAGACCUCCACAUGCCCAAACGGCAUUCCCGUCCAUUAACAAAAUUCCGCUCCACCAUUAGAGUGGUGAUCGCAAUUUGCAGGCUGAAAUUCCUGGUGAAAAAGUGGCAGAAAGCAACAAGGAAAGGUCUGUACUCUGCAUCAACAGCGAACGGUGUUGGAGGUGGUCAAGCUCCAGCCGCUAAAACUGAAGUCCUCCGGCAACAGCAAUCAAUAUUGACUCACAUUACAAACUCACCACCAACCAAGGAUAAUGUAUCUGCUCGCAGACUUAAUAACGCCAGUCACCAAUCACCAAAGUCUUCCUAUCGACUGCAGAAUAGAUCAUAUUUCUCAUUUGGAGGAGGGCAGGACCAGUCAGUCCUUUCAAGCAAUCAAGAUCCGGAAUGCUCACUCACUGAAUAUAUUCAGAGGCUUGAGGCAAUCCAGCAACGACUUGGAGGAACAUCUCCGGGAACAUCCCGACGUAGAAGCAGCAUGAAAUAAGAGGAUCCUAUAAGGACACAAAACUGCUCCUUUACGACUUUAAAAAAAUAUGGUUUAAGUAUGUGUAUCUAUAUUGAUCCUCAUUGUGAUCAAGGGAUAAUUAAAUGUAUACAGCCACAUCUGCACAUUGUCCAAGCACAGGAGAAUUUUGUAUUUAAAGUAAGAUGAAGAAUCCCGCAGUGUUUGCUAAUAAAUUGGAAAUUUAUGUCUCCUUAUGUUGGAAAAGUUAUUAUCCAAUCAGGCUGGGUGAGUUUGUAUUCACCAUUGAAUUGUAUGUUGUUGUGCAUGGUGGUUUGAAUGUGUGGUUUCAUGUGUGUACAUAUGCUUGCUUGUUAGAAGAACGAUAGUCAACAACUUCGAGCUUUUUAUCCCAAUGGCUUGUGUGCCAUUGUCAAUAUCUCCAUGUAGAAAACAAGAUUUUUUAAAAAGGUUAUUUUUGUAAAUGUUGGCUUUUGUUCUUUGCAUAAAAAUAAAGUUUACAUUGGUAUUUGU